UCAACGCUCGUUCACCGCCCGCCCCGUUACGAACGACGGAAAAAUACGUGACGAAUAGACGCAUAUGUGAAGUGACUAGUUCCUCACGGGAUUUGGAUUAAAAGUGUAAGUGUAAAGAUGUUUAAGUGUAGUGUUGUGUGACUGUGAAAAAGUUGUGACAAAGUUGUUGUUUUUUAAGUGAAGUGGGUUCGGAAAAACUUUGAUGGGCAAGUUUGGUGCGGAGUGUUGAAUUUUUGAAAAGCUAGCGGUCCACCCACCCACUGCAGUUAUUAUCGUAAUAAAGGCGACGGAUACAUUCACGAUAAAAUGAAGCAGAGAAGAAGUGACAGAUGAUUCAUAUGGCUCCCGAGUCCUCCUGAUGAUGAUGAGUGCGACAGCCGCACUGUUGUUCUGCUCACUCCUGGGUGUUAUAUCGCCGCAAAUACCAGACUUCAAGCCCGGUGACCGUAAAAUCAUCACGGGCCCGUUCUGGCACGAAGUGUUCACGGAGACAUACGAAGACCACGACGACGACGUAUCUACCACCACAUCUGAGCCCCUGCCGUUCUUCGAGGAUGACGCAUCGACGAACAACGUGACGGCUCAGCUGGGCAGCCAUGUUCACUUGCAUUGUAGAGUGCAUGACCUUGGGGAGAAAACGAUAUCGUGGGUGCGGCGACGCGGCGAAGACUUGCACCUCCUCUCGUUCGGCCGCCACACCUACUCCGCCGACUCUCGUUACUCACUCGCAUUCGAACACCCGAAUGACUGGCGCCUGUUGAUACAGUACGUCAGUGAAAGGGACGAGGGGUACUACGAGUGUCAGAUAUCCACGCAUCCGCCGCUUGUGAGGAGAGUGCUGCUCAGUGUUGUCGUGCCAAAAGUGGAAAUCAUCGACGAGAGAGGCCGUCCCCUCCAAGACAAGCUGUACAAAGAGGGCUCCAUCAUCGAGCUUCGCUGCGUGGUGUCGGAGGUGCCGCGGCCGACGCGUCAGGUCAACUGGAGGCACGGAGCCCGCCUGCUCAACUACGACACCAAGCGUGGAGGCGUCAGCGUCAAGACAGAGGCGACAUCUAACGGCGCGCUAUCGAGGCUCUACAUAGCGAACGCCAACAGGAAGGAUUCGGGGAACUAUACCUGCGCACUGGCAGAUGUGGCUGUGGCGUCUGUCAGCGUGCACGUGUUGAGAGGGGAAAACCCAUUGGCUAUGCAGCGAGGUGACGCGGCUAUGUUGUCUUCAUCGACCAUCGCCAUGUGUGUGGCCGCCCUUAGCUGACAUCUAGCAAGCGCGUGGUGUGCGCGCGGCCUAAACUGAAAGUUUCAGAACUUAAGUCCUUUUUGGUUAUCUUUACUCUGUGAUCUACUGUUGAUUAUAGAUAGCGUUUUGUUGGUUUUUUAUAAAGUUAUGAUGAUAUUAUAAACUUAAACCAGUUUUUUUAUUUAUUUAUAUUAUACGUGAAAAGUUCAGUUCAGUAUCAAACUGUAAUUAUAGUACCUAGUACCUAUUUAAAUCUUCAAACUAUUUCAUAUAACCUAACUCCAAUAUAAAAUUGUAACUAAUAUUAAGAAUGAUAAUAAUAAAUUAUGAAUGUAAAUAAAUUAUUGUGUAAAUUAAAUAAAAAUUGUAAAUAAUGUAGAUAGCGUAAUUGUACAGGAAAGACUUUAUCAGUGAACGAGCAGAAAGCAUACUCUUCUUAGAGUAACAGUGAUAUACAAUACAUUAGUCAGUCAGAUUAGAAGUCAGUUGCUGACUAUCGAGAAUUCCACGGACGUAUGUAUAUAAAGUUUAAGUUACAGUCAAUCUAUAAAGUCCUGACAUCAAAGAGUGCGAUUUUGCUAAGACUUUUUAUGAUCAUCAGUUAUUUACUUACUUUUACAUACAUUUUAAAAAUAAAAUACCGAUUGAAUAUGGAUUUUUAAAGGA